AUGGCAUUCUGGUCAUAGAGUAAUAUUACUCUAUAUUAUGUUAUGUGCUACAUUGCCUCUGUUGUGCAACUUUACUGUAAAGCAAGUAAGCUGGUAUAUUCAACUUGCUAUGGCUAACAGUGAUCAGAUGCCCAAAGUUGAUUUCAUGAAAGACGGUGAAAUCGAUAAAAGAUUACUGCAACAAAUAAAAUUUGUUGAACGCCAAAAUCUGAUCCGUGCUACUAGGUUGAACCGUAUGCGUAGAAACGCUCGUUAUACAGGUUUAUUACUGGGUGGUAUUACAUUGAGCAUUUACGGAUAUUCUAUUUAUUCAAUAAAACAGGAAACGUUCUUGGAUGAUUUUGAAGAACCUGCAGUAACUGUUAAACAAUAA